AUGACUAAAGAUGGUAAAGACGUUAACGAUUUAUGGUUUAUAUUGGAAGGAAACGGGUCUAAUCGCGGCAGUGUGCUUGAUGCGUAUUGCUGUUGUCUUGGUGGUAGAGAUGGUGGAUGUAAGCAUAGGAGAGGGAUAGUGUUACAAGUAAGGAGUGUAAAUGGAUUCGAAGAUCAAGAUUCUCAUUCAUCUGUUAAAAGUUGCAGCGUGUCCACGAGGGAAACUGUUUUGGAAUGCGAUUUUGCCAGAGACAUGUGCGGAUGGCACUCUUUGCCAAUCAAGAGUUGGUCACGUGUUAAGAAUACAAUCGUCAAUGCCUCCGAUAACUUUGGUUGGAAUCUGCCAAAUGAUUUUUUCUACAUCUUUGCGCUUUCUCUGCACUCCGAAUUUCCAGUGAAGUUUCUCAGUCCGAAGUUUUCGCCUCGUCGUUUCUGUACCCUCUCUUUUGCAUAUAAAAUGUUUGGAAUUCCACAAGCAAAUCUCACGAUUCUCGUAUUGGAGGACGAUGACAUAGCCAAACAUACCGAGUGGACGAUGCGAGAUGAUCAAGGCGGAGACUUUUGGCGUCGGGGUUUUCUGAAGUUAUCAAAAUAUCCUCGGCUUACUGGCGUCAUCUUUCAGUUCAUCCUUGCUGCUAAGUCAACGUGGAAACAUCAUAUCUCUCGUGGAAACGUUAGCAUUGACGAUAUACAAUUGGUGUGUGAAAAAAGAGGAAGGAUCACAACGGAUGCAAAAGUGUGCGUGCAACGCAGGAUCCCUUCUGCCGGAUGUCUUCAUCCUGCCAACCUGCCAAAUGUUAAAGACAUUCGCUCUCAAGGCAGGAGUCCACACGGUGCACUUUACGCAAAUGAAAAGAACUUUGCUUCAGUCAUGUUUCGCUUCUGCCCAAAGAACUGCAUACCUGGGUGCCUCUUGGAAUUCAAAAUCGUUUCAUCCCCGACUCUUUUUUAAGCGCGUUCCCACCCUCCGGUUUGCCUGAUCCAAAGUUUGCGCGGUUAAACGGUUAUGAUGCGUGGUGCUCGUCUGAUCGCAAUGCUGGUUAUGUACGUCUAGAAAUAACUCUCCCACAGCUCGCUCUGGUUUCACGCAUAGCUGUGCAAGGCAGGGACCGAAUCAUGCGAAAGACCAGUAGUUCCUGGGUGUCAUACUUUGCAAGAUGGUUUAAGCAUGCGCGAAGUGUGUCAUUGUCAUGAGGGUUACCAUGGAGACAGCUGUCAGCACGUGGGAUGCCAGCCGAAUCCCUGCCAUCACAAAGGAAAGUGUGUAAUGAUGGUGUCGAACUUCACAUGUAAAUGUAAAACGGGAUUUUCGUGUUACUUCGUGUGUGGGAAAUACCACCAGAAAUUUCUGCUGAUGCUCCACCUAUGAUGUCUUUUGCCAAUGUUCCAGUUAUCUCAACUGUUGUCGAUGUUUCUUGAAUAAAGGAGGUCGACGUUGACACCUGAAACACGCAGGUAUGAUUACUUCCUUUUAUGCCGGGACAUGCUGUGGAAAAAGCUUCGUCGGAGCAAAUUUCACCAGCUUUCUUUGGACCUGAAAGAUCAUCACAGUUGUAAACGGUUAAUUGUACGUUACCAUCGCUUAGAUAAUCCACUCGUAGUUGAUUUGCCGGCUCUCCCCAGGCGACACGUUCUUUCGUGUUCCCACAAUGCCAAGAAAGUUCACUUUCUCUUUGGGAUAAAGUGAUUCGAACAUCACGACUGCCUUUCCUAAUCGUUUGACUGGCGAAUGUUACAUAUGAAGAACUUCGACACUUUUCUUCAGUGUACUCAACUUGUUUGCAGCCUCUAACUUGCUCGUUAUGCCCCAACUUGCUUGUACAGCCAUAACUUGUAUGUAAUGCACAAGCUACCAAUACUAAGCUCAAUGCUCUAGAUAAA